AUGGUAAAACAAAUUAAAGUAAUAACUGUAAGAAAUUCAGAUGAUGAAAUUGAUAGACUUAAUUUUGAAAAUAUUAAGUUAGAAAAACAAAAGAGUAUUCUACAUAAAAGUGUUAAAAUGAAACAUGAUGAAUUAUUAUUAGAAAAAGAAAAGAAUAAAAUACUUUCGGAAGAAUUAAAUACAUUAAAACAAAAAUUAAAAGAACUCAAAGAAGAAAAAAAUAAGGUUGUUAAAAAAUGUUUAGGAAAUGAAGAUGUACUAAAACAUAAUCUUAAGAAACAAGAAUUAGAAAUCGAAAGUUUACAUACUAAAUUUUGGAAAAAAUUUAAUUUAGUCGAUAAAACUUUCUUCCCACAAAAUUUCAAAUUAGUGCAACUUGAUCAACCUGAUUUUAAUAAAUUAUGGAGUGAUGCUAAAUAUUCUAGGUAA